AUGGGAACCAGCUAUCAGAUAGAAGAGACAUAUAGAGUUCAAAACAUCAAGGUGGAUGUGCUCAAGUUCUCUUUGCCACUCUCUUACUUCAAUGACGAUUAUUCUGGUCAGGAAAUCCUGGUGUUUGCAACCUUAUGCCAAAAAUUCGACCCUGAGGUGACGGACCUUCUUCCGAAAGUCCCAAAAGUUGUCACAUUCAUUCAGGGUGGUCCAGGAUACCCCUGUCUGCCACCAGCUACAAAUAUUCCGUACACAAACAUCUUCAUCGACAGAGGGUACCAAGUUCUUUACAUGGACCAGAGAGGUACUGGAUUAAGUACCCCCAUCAAUUCCACUAGCUUCCCUCAAUUGAUACCCAAGACCAGUGAACUGGAGGUAAACUAUGUGGUAAAGCAACUACACUAUAUAUUGAACUUUACUGGUGCUUCCAUUGUUGAAGACCUUGAAAGAAUCAGGGAAAUCUUAUUGAAGACUCGCAAAUGGUCAAUAAGCGGACAAUCAUUUGGUGGAUUCUGUUCAUUCAUCUACUUAUCCAAAUAUCCAAAUUCCAUUAAGGAGUCUUUCAUUACAGGUGGAGUUCCUCCUAUUAACCAUGGUCCUGAUGAUGUCUACCGCUCAACCUAUAAACGUGCCAAAGAGAGAAAUAUUCAUUACUACUCUAAGUACCCUCAAGAUGUCACUAAAGUUAAUACGAUCUUGACUUAUUUAUCCACAAACAAAACCAGUUUACCAGACGGAGGUAACUUGUCUGUUGAAAGGUUUCAGCAGAUGGGAUUGAACUUUGGUCAACAUGGAGGAACAGACAAGAUUCAUUCUCUUGUACAGUACUUCUACAACGACUUGAAAAUGUUCGGGGCGCCAUCCUUCAACACUUUGACCAGUGUUUUGAACCUGUUGCACUUUGACACCAACGUUAUCUAUGCAUUGUUUCAGGAAUCUAUUUACUGUGAUGGAAAUAAUCCUCAAGUCAAGACAUCCAACUGGUCUGCUGAUAGACUCAGAUACUUACCAGAAAAUACCAGUUUUGUUUUCCAGGAAGGUAGGGAAGAGCCUACGUUUUUCACUACUGAAAUGGUGUAUAAAUCCAUGUACAACGACUAUGUUGAGUUGCGUCCUUUCAAAGGUUUGGCUUUUGCACUUCAUUUAAACACCCAAUGGCCAAAGCUUUACGAUAUUGAGACCUUGAGGACCCUUACGUUUGAAAAGGUUCCUAUUGUUGGGGCUGUUUACGUUCACGACUUGUAUGUGGAUUUUGAUCUUAGUAGAAAAGUUUUGGAAGACACUUUUGGAGGCAGAAACUUUAGAGCUUUUAUGACCAGUGAAUUCUUCCAUGGUGGAUAUCUUAAAGACCCUCAAAGAGUUAUGGGGACAUUAUUCAAGCUCUUAGAAUCCGAGGUUGAUUAG